AUGGCGGGCAGCGUGGAUGAGGAAGCACUGCACCAACUGUAUCUGUGGGUAGACAACAUCCCUCUGUCCCGGCCCAAGCGAAAUCUAUCCCGGGACUUCAGUGAUGGAGGUGUGUGCUCCAACGUGUUCCUGGUAGCAGAGGUCAUCAAGUUUUACUUCCCCAAGAUGGUGGAGAUGCACAAUUAUGUCCCUGCCAACUCUCUCCAGCAGAAACUGAGCAACUGGAGUCACCUGAACAGGAAGGUGCUGAACAAACUGAACUUCUCUGUACCAGAGGACGUGAUGCGCAAGAUAGCACAGUGUGCCCCAGGUGUGGUGGAGCUGGUGCUCAUUCCACUGAGGCAGCGCCUGGAGGAGCGUCAGAGACGUAGGAAGCAGGGCAUCGGCUCCUUACAGGAGCUGGCUCCCCAGGAUGGCACUGACUACAUAGAUGUGGGUUUGUCCCAGAAGGCCCGAGGGGAAGGUGUCCCAGACCCCCAGGGACGGGGGCAACUCAGGGAGGGCCGACUGCCUGUGCCCCGGCCUCCAGGGGACAGCCAGGCGCUGCAGAGCAACCCGAGCUUCGUCCUCCAGAUUGCUGAAAAGGAGCAGGAGCUGUUGGCCUCGCAGGAGACCGUGCAGGUCCUGCAGAUGAAGGUGAGACGCUUGGAGCACUUGCUCCAGCUCAAGAACGUGCGCAUAGAAGACCUCUCCCGGAGGCUCCAGCAGGCGGAGCGUAAGCAGCGGUGA